AUGGACAAUGUUAAUAAAGAGAAAGUGCGAAACGGCGAGUUAUCUGAUGACGAGGAUGAUGACGAUGAUGAGGUCAACAGCAAUCGUCCAUAUCGUCCGAAAGCGGCAUCGGGCGCUAACACUGGGAGAAAUUCAGCGAUGCGGAGAAGGGCACAAUAG